GCCGCUGGAGCCGCUGCGAGCUCCUCUGCUCGCCUUCCUCCCUCCCCGUGCCCUCACAGCUCCGGCGGCAGGAGCCGCUGCGGGCUCCUCUGCUCGCCUUCCUCCCUCCCCGUGCCCUCACAGCUCCCGCGGCUGGAGCCGCUGCGAGCUCCCCUGCUCGCCUUCCUCCCUCCCCGUGCCCUCACAGCUCCCGCGGCUGGAGCCGCUGCGCGCUCCCCUGCUCGCCUUCCUCCCUCCCCGUGCCCUCACAGCUCCCGCGGCAGGAGCCGCUGCGAGCUCCCCUGCUCGCCUUCCUCCCGCCCCCUGCCCUCACAGCUCUCGCAGCUCCCGCUGCCGCCUCACGCCGCCCCGGCACGGCAGGAUGGCGGCGGGCGAGGAGCAGAGCCGCGAGUACCUGCGGCGGCACCGGCUGCCCGAGCUGCUGCACCGCCUCGGAGCGCUGCUGCUCUUCCACCGCCCCGAAAGGCCACGCGAGUUCCUGAUCCAGGUGCUGGAGAGGGUCAAGGCUGGGAGACGAGCCGAGGGCGAGUACCCGUUCCUCAUGGACGAGGCCAACGUGGACGCCAUGUUCAGCCUGCUGGAUGUCCUGGGCCAGGGCUACAUCAGGCCAGCGCAGUACAGGGAAGCUCUUAAAACUUUGGGACUGAGCACUGAGGAUUUGGAGCUAGAAGAUGAUGUGAAUAUCACACGGGAUGUAUUCAAGGAAGGAAUGAGGAAAAAGAUGCUGGAGAGCUGGUCUGUGUAUUAGUUUGAGGAGUUGUCUGCUAUACAUAUUAAAGACAGGCAUCUUCCCCAAUUUUUCUUCUUGUUUGCCAGCUGUGAAGAGACAAUUUUAAGCAAUAUUCUCUUUUUCUCAUCUUCCCCGCCCUUCAGCGGAGCAAUCAGCUGAAAAGGACAAAUGACAAGAACAUGUUCAUGUCUACCCAGCACUGGAGGGAGUAUUGUUAAGAAUUGCUGUUCUUAAUAUGAUUAGAUGGUUAAAAAAAAAGAAGUAGAGAUCUUUUAUGCAACUGAAAUAGUAUCUUGUAGUUUCCUCCUUCAUAUUGUAGUUUCCUCCUUCAUGUUAUAGUUUACAGUAAAGGAUUGUUACCUGUUGGCUCAUUACCAAUGAAUAAAAAUUAAGUUGGUUUUUGGGCUUGUGUUGGGUUUUGGUUUUUGGGUAUUUCUAAGGAAAAAACAACUUCGACAAGUUAUGACAAAUGUCCACAGGUAAAGGUAGUCAGCACUUCCAAGUGGUAUUUGCAGACUUAGCACACACUAGGGAAUUUAUAAGGAGAAACUUUUUAAAAAAAAUUAGGAGAUAGUCUUGUA